AUGGCGACUCACUUUGCAGUAGCUCUCCUCACAAGCCUCCUUGCUCUUGCAACUCUUGCAAGCUGCAACGUAGAAGGCGACAUCCUCUAUGCACAAAGGCAGGCGUGGGAGGACCCCAGCAACGUGCUCCAAAGCUGGGAUUCAACCCUUCCCGAUCCCUGCACCUGGUUUCAUGUCUUUUGCUCGAGCGACGGUUCCGUUGUCCGUGUGGAUUUGGGCAAGGCGGGCAUCUCAGGCCCCCUGAUUCCGGAGCUGGGAGGUCUUCAGCAUCUUCAGUAUCUUGAGCUGCAUGCAAAUAACAUCACUGGAUCGAUACCAGCGACCUUCGGCAACCUGACAAGCCUGAUCACUCUUCAUCUCUAUGACAACCUUCUCACUGGAGCCAUACCGGCCUCACUCGGGGCCGUCCGGACGCUGCGUUAUCUGCGGCUGAACGGGAAUAUGCUGACCGGCACGGUGCCACCGGAGAUUCUCUCUCUUGUUCUUGUGGGGAACUUGGCUGAAAUAAAUGUUGCCAAAAACAAUCUGGAAGGCACUGUCAGAUCAUCUCGACGGCGCAGAGUGGCCUUCAUCAUCCAGGAUACACUCAAGACUGCAAGCUAAGCAGGAUCUAGAAAUAAUGGAACUGGAAGCACAAAUUGAAAAGAUUAGUCUUUUACAGCUGUUAGCCGUAGGGACAGCUGAAGUUUAUAGACCUAAUUAUAUCCCAUUAUUUAAAGAGGAACCCAUGAGGUUACCUCUGUCCCCGCAAAAUGAAAUGAGUAUGAACAUAUGAACCAGUACAACUUUGUUUAUGCAUGAACA